AUGCCUUCCAGAACUCUCCCUACCUUCACCCGCGCCGAGGUUGAGGAGCAUAGCACUGCGAAAUCCUGCUAUGUGACGAUCGGCACCAAGGUCUACGAUAUCACUGAUUUCGCCGAAGACCACCCCGGUGGCGCCGACCUCAUCUACGACUACGGCGGCAAAGAUAUUGAAGACAUCCUCAAGGAUGAGGCCAUCAAUGGAGGCGCCAACGGCUCUGCGAUUAAGCCGGCCAACGGCUCCGCCCAGGAGACUACGGCUGUCGAUGAAAAUGGCGUUCCUGUGCAUCCUCGUACCGGCAUGUCCUGCGAAGAGGAUCUUUCGAAGGAGACGGACUUCUCGAGCGACUACAAGAGGCACAAGUUCCUGGAUCUUAGUCGUCCGCUCUUCCCCCAAGUGUGGUUUGGCGGUUUUACCAAAGAGUUCUACCUGGAUCAAGUCCACCGGCCGCGCCAUUACAAAGGCGGCGAAUCUGCGCCUCUAUUUGGCAACUUCCUCGAGCCGCUGAGCAAGACGCCUUGGUUUGUUGUACCCAUGGUCUGGCUUCCUUGGGUGGGCUAUGGUAGCUAUCUCGCUUACCAGGGCUACUCCAACCACGCGGUUUUCGCUGCCUACUGGGUCUUUGGUUUCUUCCUUUGGUCCUUGAUCGAGUACAUUUUACACCGAUUCCUAUUCCAUCUUGACCAGUACCUUCCUGAUAACCGGGUCUUCAUCACCCUCCACUUCUUGCUUCACGGCAUUCACCAUUACCUUCCCAUGGACAAGUACCGUCUCGUCAUGCCACCCACGCUCUUCAUCGUUCUCGCUACGCCCUUCUGGUACCUCGCCCAUUUCCUCUUUUUCUACUCGUGGCACGUGGCGACCACGGUCUACUGUGGCGGUAUCUUUGGUUAUGUCUGCUACGACUUGACCCACUACUUCUUACACCACCAGAACUUGCCUCUGUGGUACAAGGGACUCAAGAAAUACCACCUUGAGCAUCAUUUCCUCGACUAUGAGCUCGGCUUCGGCGUCACCAGCAAAUUUUGGGAUACCAUUUUCGGCACUGAGCUGACGUCUGGCGGCAAGAAGGCCUAA